CAUGUAUAGCCAAUAUGGCUGUGAUCAUAAAACUGUGAUAUUUUUCAUUAUAGCGGACUAACAAACAUAAUUUACCUUAGUUUUAUGAAAGUCGAAUAUAUUUUUGAGUAUUAGAAGGUGUAAAACUACAAUUUUCUUGCUUUAACGUCCAUCAACGGCUGCAAAAUGAGCAACAUUUACAUCCAGGAACCCCCAUCAAAUGGAAAGGUCCUGUUGAAGACCUCAGCAGGAGACAUUGACAUUGAGUUGUGGUCCAAAGAGGCUCCGAAAGCCUGCAGGAACUUUGUGCAGCUGUGCAUGGAAGGUUACUACGAUGGCACAGUGUUUCACAGAGUGGUGCGUGAAUUCAUCGUUCAGGGGGGAGAUCCUACCGGGACCGGGACCGGUGGAGAGUCCAUCUAUGGCCGGCCAUUCAAGGAUGAAUUUCACUCCAGGUUACGGUUCAACCGGAGAGGUCUGGUUGCUAUGGCGAACGCCGGUCCUCAUGACAACGGCAGCCAGUUUUUCUUCACUUUGGGACGAGCAGAUGAGCUGAACAACAAACACACCAUAUUUGGCAAGGUGACAGGAGACACCGUCUAUAAUAUGCUCAGAUUGGCAGAAGUUGAUUGUGAUGACGACGAAACGCCCGUAAAUCCCCACAAGAUCAAAACUGCUGAGGUGCUUCACAGUCCUUUUGAUGACAUCAUACCUCGUGAAACAAAGAAAUCCAAAAAGGAGAAAGACAAAGAGGAGGGAAAGAAAUCACAGUCAAAAGCCACAAAGAACUUCAGUCUGUUGUCAUUUGGAGAAGAAGCUGAAGAGGAAGAGGAGAUGGUGAAUCAAGUGAGCCAGACGCUGAAGGGGAAAAGCAAGAGCAGCCACGACCUCCUGAAGGACGAUCCCAGACUGAGCUCUGUUCCAGCAGUUAAUAAGAAAAAGAAGAAAGGGACACCAGGAGACCCAGCUGAGGAAGACGAUGCGGCCGAGGACGACGUGGACGAUGAUGACGUGGAUUCAGAUGAUGAGAUGGACUCAGAGGAGAAACAGAGGAUGAGAGAACUCAUCAGUAACAAGUUAAAGAAAGACAAAGUCUCAGAGAAAAGCACGGAGCCUGGAGAGGAGGAGCGAGAGAAAAAGAGCAGCCGCAGUGAUGAAUUGCGGAAAGAGGCGCGGCAGCUGAAGAAGGAUCUCCAGGCCAUAAAGCAGAGGAAAGAAGCCAGUUUAAACCCUCCAGUGGAAGAAGAAAAGGAGGAGGAACAGAAACCGAGCAGUGAGGCAUUAGCCGAGUAUCUGGAGGGACGCAAGAAGUACGAAGAGCAGCGGAAACAGAAACUGAAGAAAGGAAAAACUAGAGAACAACAGACACUGGACCUCCUGAAUCGCUUCAAGUCCAAGCUGUCUUCAGCCAUCACUGACGAGGCUCCAGAGGAGGACGUGGAGCAGCUGGCAGAGGACGACGACAAAGGAUGGAUGGCCCACGUUCUGCAGUUUGAUGAGCAAACCAGAAAAGUCAAAGAUGCCAACAUGCAGGACGAGGACACGUUCGAGAUCUACGACCCACGAAACCCCGUCAACAAACGCAGGAGAGAGGAGAGCAAGAAGAUCAUGAAGGAGAAGAAGGCCAAGAGGUGAGGCGGCGGGGUCGGAGGUCAGGUCCUGCCCGAGCCAUGUGACCAGGCACCGGACCCCGCUCUGUUAAAGGUCUCCUGGUCCAACAUCUGGAUGGAGAAUGCUGACCUUAGUGCAUCUGGUCCCUGUAAUGUGUGAUGGAAAGGUUCUCUGCCAGGACCAGCUGCUCCUCACCAUAAGACUGAGGUCCUUCUGAUGAUAAAGUCAUUAUUAUACAUGUAAUGGUCGCUUUUCUAUGCCGUUAUUCUGUUGUCUGUGAGCGUUA